AUGGCAUCAAAGAAAUCUUAUGGCGACUACAGCGUGGGAUGGAUCUGUGCCCUCCCAAAGGAACAAACGGCGGCGACGGCGAUGCUGGACGAGAGACAUGCAGACCUGCCAAAGCUUACGAACGAUGCCAACACUUACACGCUCGGCUCAAUCGGCCCUCACAACGUCGUGAUAGCCUGCCUGCCCAAAGGCCAGUACGGUACCAACUCGGCAGCCAAUGUGGCAGCGUUCAUGAUCAGAACAUUCCCUUCCAUCAAGAUUGGUCUCAUGGUUGGUAUCGGAGGCGGCGUCCCGCCAAAAGUGAGGCUUGGUGACGUUGUCGUCAGCACUCCUACCGGCCAAUAUCCUGGAGUCGUCCAGUGGGAUCUUGGCAAAGAGACACAGGGAGGAGGCUUUGAGAGGACUGGGGCGUUGAGUAAUCCGCCUGGUGCUUUGUUGACAGCUUUGGCCAAGCUGGAGACGGAAAAUGAGCUAAUGGGGUCCAAGAUCCCCAACUUCCUCGAGGAGCUCAAGGCUAGAUUCCCGAGGCUGGCGAAAAAGUACUUGAAGUCUGACAAGCAUCAAGACUUACUUUUUGAAACUGACUAUGUUCAUGUCAAAGAGCCGUUCUCAAACAUGAACACCGAGGGUCCCGCGGGUGGGGUCGUGGAUGUAUCUGUGGAGGAGGAAUUUGAAAACGGAUCGGAUGAAGACGGUGAUCCAUGCCAGUUCUGCGAUAAGUCCAAGCUUAUCAAAAAGAGGCGUCGAUCAAUCCGAGUUCACCACGGUCUCAUCGCAUCUGGCAACAAAGUCAUCAAAGACGGCUUACGGCGAGAGAAGCUGAACAGCGCACUCGGAGGAGAAGUUCUCUGUUUCGAGACAGAAGCGGCCGGUCUCAUGAACAACUUCCCCUGUUUGGUGAUUCGAGGCAUCUGCGACUACUGCGACUCGCACAAGAACAACGCUUGGCAGGAGCAUGCUGCUGCUGUGGCAGCGGCUUUCGCGAAGGAGCUUCUUGAGCAAGUUCAAAGUUGGAUCUCGACUAGCAAACAGACGCUAUUCUGUGAAGGCGUUCCGGGAGCUGGCAAAACUUUCCAGAUGGCCAUUUUAGUCAACUAUUUGACCGAGAAAUUUCGGUAUGAUGGCUCGGUCGGUGUGGUUUACAUCUACUACAACUUCAAACGGCACAACGAUCAGAAAGCAGAACAUAUGCUUGCAAGCCUUGUCAAACAACUGGCGCAGAAUUCGAGAUCCUUUCCCGAAGCAGUGCAAAAGCUGUAUGAUCGACAUAGCCUUGUGAACACUCGUCCUUUUUUGGUUGAGUUAUCCAACACCCUGGAGGUUCUUGUUCAGUCUUACUCUAAAGUGUUCAUUCUUAUUGAUGCUCUCGAUGAAGCUGAAGAUACUGAGCGUACAAAGCUGUUGGACAAUAUUUUCAUGAUGCAAGAGAGGAGCGGGCUUAACCUUUUUGCGACAUCUCGAGCAAUCAACACCAUUGCAGCCAAAUUUGAAGGAUCUCUUUCCAGGGAGAUUUCUCCCAGCCGUCACGACAUUUUUCAGGUUCUCAAUGCUCGCAUGUCUGAGCUUCCAUCCUUUGUUAGAGAAGAUGAGGGCCUGCAGGAUGAGAUUAAAUCCGCUAUCGAAGCGGCUAUGGGUGGAAUGUUUCUCCUUGCCCAGCUCUAUCUGAACUCCUUCGUCGGCUCACGAUCCCUCUCGUCACUCAGAAAGUCACUCAGUUCUCUGCAGCAGGCUUCCUCUUCAUCAUCUUCUUCAUCUUCUUCGGAUAGGUCUAGCGUCUUGGAUGAAGCGUAUGACAAGUCCAUGGAACGAAUACAGCAACUUAAAGGAGAUUUAGCUCGCGACGCGGUUCUGAUCAUCUCCUGGAUUGUCAAGGCAAAGCGGCAAAUGAAAGUAGCAGAGCUUCAAGAAGCACUUGCUGUUGAGAUUGGCGCAUCUGAACUUGAUAAAGACAACAUCCCAACUGUCGACCAUAUAAUCCAAGCCUGCGCUUCGCUGGUCGUCGUUGAGGGAGAUGGCAUAGAAUUGGUCCAUUACACUGCGCAAGAAUACUUUGAACGUCCGGACAACCGGUGGAUGCAGAAGGCACAGACUUGUAUCACAAACGUGUGCCUGACAUAUCUGUCAUUUACAAAUUUUCGAAAUGGGCCUCGAAUGUCAUGGGACGACCGUGCUAAGAGAAUUGAGGACUUCCCCUUUUACGCCUACUCGGAGGAGAAUUGGGCAUGCCAUACGAAUGAAACUUUGGAACAGGACUUCGAAGUUUCUAAAGUGAUUGAAUUUCUAGAUCAAGGAUCGGGCUUACCCGACGACCCUUUCGCCGACACUUUCGCCAACCCUUUCGCCAAACCUUUCACCGAACCCUCCAAUCAGGAAUCAUUUUUCUCAAAGCCGCCACCACUGCAUAUCGCUGCUUUCUUCGGUCUGCACGAAGCGUCCCACGAAAACGGGUUUACAGCAUUGAAUCUUGCGGUGAUGCUCGAGAGAAAAGCUACUUUUGAUCUGCUCAUCGAAAAGGGCGCCAAUAUCGAGGCUCGAUAUCAUGAGUGUGGUCAAACAUCACUGGCUCUAGGCGCAAAGCACGGACGUAUAAACGCUGUUCGAUGGCUUGUUGAAAGAGAGGCCGAUAUUGACGCAAAGGAUAGCAUCAAUAGGACGCCUUUGAUGUUGGCCGCCUUGAACAAACACGAGAGCAUUGUACAGUAUCUCCUUGAAAAAGGAGCCGAUAACGAAGCAAAGGACAUCAACGAUCUGACACCUCUCUUGUGGCAAUCGCUGGAGGCCGUUCGAAUACUUCUCGACAAGGGCGCAAAUUCUGAGAAAGUGGAUGCCAAUAUGAAGGAUGACCAGGGCCUCCCGCCACUGCGAUAUGCCAUGGAUCGCCAAGACGAAGAUGGAUUGGUGGACGUCAACGCAAAGGACGACCAGGGCCACACGCCUCUACACUAUGCAAUAGAACGCGCAGAAGAAUCGCUUGUCAAGAUACUACUCGACUGCGAGGAAGUGGACGCCAACGAAAAGGAUGAUCAAGGACGUACGCCACUAUUAUAUGCAAUACACUCGGCGGACGAACCCACCGUACACAUUUUGCUUGGGUCGGGUAAAGUCGACGCAAAUAUGGAGGACAACCAAGGGCGCACACCGCUGUCCUCUGCAAUAGAGCUCCGAAGCAGAAAUAUCACCGGUAAGGUUGACGUGAACUCGAAAGACAACCAGGGAAGGACACCUCUGUGGUAUGCCGUGAAAGCCGGGAAUCAGGAGCUGGAAGGAUUGCUCCGACGGCGUGGUGCAAGGGAUCGAUCCGAGAAAACGAGCGAACGCCCAUCAUCGCAGAGAUCGCGGGAGAAGAAAUCAACGUACAGGAGGACGGAAGUGUGA